AUGAUGUUACCAGAAGCAUGUGUAGCUAAUAUCCUUGCCUUCACAUCUCCGGCAGAUGCAUUCUCGUCGUCGGAAGUCUCUCCGGUCUUCCGGUUAGCCGGAGACUCGGAUUUCGUAUGGGAAAAGUUUCUACCUACUGAUUACAAAAGCCUCAUCUCUCAAUCUAGUGAUGGUCAUCGAAGUUUUUCGUCGAAAAAGGAGAUUUAUCGAUGUUUUUGUGACUCUCUUCUCAUAGAUAAUGCUAGAAAGCUGUUCAAGAUCAAUAAAUUUUCCGGGAAAAUUUCAUACAUUUUAUCAGCAAGAGAUAUUUCCAUCACUCAUAGUGACCAUGCAGCUUACUGGAUUUGGAGCAAUGUCUCAGAUUCUAGAUUUCCGGAAUCAGCUGAACUUAAAACAACUGAUCGAUUAGAAAUCAAGGGUACGAUCGAAACCAUAUUUUUAUCACCAAACACAAGAUAUGGAGCUUAUCUGAUAAUGAAAGUAACCAAAGGUGCUUACGGACUAGACUUAUUACCGGCGGAGACUUUGGUUACAUCUAAGAAUGGUCAAGUUAGUAAGAGUGCAACUUAUCUAAGUUGCUUGGAUGAGAAAAAACAACAAAUGAAGCGGCUGUUUUACGGAAAUCGAGAAGAGCGAAUGGCGACAACCGUGGAGGCAGUCGGCCUGGACGGGAAAAGAAAGGAGCCGAAAGGUCGAAACGACGGGUGGAUGGAGAUUGAGUUAGGAGAGUUUGAGACAAGAGAAGGAGAAGAUGAUGAGAUUAUUAUGAGUCUCACUGAGAUUAAAGGAUAUCAACUAAAAAGUGGCAUUGUGAUUGAUGGUAUUGAAGUGAGGCCUAAAUCCAUGGAUUAGGAUCAAGAUUAUUAUGGAAGCCGGGGUCUAAUUUGUUAAUUUUUUAAAGUAUGGUAUAGAAAUGGAAGAUGAGAGUUCCAAGGGGGUUUGUGUGUAACCUGAAUUCAUUUAUUUAUUUAUGGCUGCGACCAUUAGUCUUUUAUUUAUCCAUUGUUAUUGUACACGUUCG